CUCAAAUAGCAGACGAAUUUGAAUAACGUAACUGUCUGUGAUAAACAAAUCGUGCUAUAUUAAAAGGAUAUCAACGUUAUGAGCAUUGAUAAUUUAGAAAAAUUGAAUUACGGACUACCUUUGGUUUCUUCUGAUGUUGUUGGUGUUCCAGCUAAUGGUGAUAAUGGGAAUACAACUUAUCACAGUCAGAGUAGUCUUAAACGACCCAGAACUGAAGAUUACUCAGAAACUGGACUCUAUUCUUCUAACAAAUUGAGCAACUACUUAUAUUCUGAAUCUCGAAGCUACACUAGAGCAAAAACAUUUCUGACAGUUAGACAUAACAAUUAUGUUUAUCAUACUGAAGAAUGGAAACCAAAAGGAUGUACCAUGUAUCUCCCCUUGUGUGAAGAUAUCAUGAUUAACACUCAAAAUAUUGAACAAAUAAGUUUUGAAUCUGAUCAAUUCUUUUUAGCUGAUGAAAAAGGAAACUAUGUUGGUGCAAAACCUGGUAAUGCAGUUCAUCUUUGGAGAUUUGAUCCCUCUUCAAGGAAAUUAUAUAUUUCACGAUCUAUUCUAUUCCUUAAAGAACAGGAUUACCAAGAUGUACAGUUUCAACUGGAUAACCUGUGAUGUAUUUCAUUUUGCAUGAAAACAUUUGGCAAGUAAUAUAUUCAUAUACCUAUCUUAUUGAAUAUCACUUUGUACAUACCUAGCCGCUGAUGCAGAAAAUUAAAAGAGAAAUUAUUUUGUUAGAGAGUGAAACUCACUUGAGAUAACAUUUUACAUUUAUUGAAAACAUAACAAAAAUGAGUUUGAAUGUUAAUUGGAUGAUUUCAAGAAUUUAACUGUUUGUAAAAUGAUUGUUAUAUAAUUGAUAUCUAAUCUCAAAACUUAUCUUUUAAACUCAUAUGCCAAAGACUUUUUAUGUGGUGAACUAAA